AUGACAUUGGCGACACGUCAGCCACAGCGAUCGCGUCUUUCGUGGAGGCUCAUCGAGCCGUGCGGCCAAGGGAGCGAAUGCUUGGUGCGGCGGACGCUCCUAGAGCUUACACUAGAUGUGUGCGAAGAUGGUGGUCUGCGCUCGGGAUACAUUGUGACAAUGGCUAUCUGUGUCUAG